AGUUAUUCUCUUCGCGUCCUGAAUCUGUACAUCGAAAAUGUCAGUGCGAGUUCUGAAUCCUAAUGCGGAGGUUCUCAACAAAUCUGCGGCGCUUCAUAUGACCAUCAACGCCGCCAAGGGUUUGCAAGAUGUACUCAAGUCGAAUCUCGGUCCUAAAGGAACAAUCAAGAUGCUUGUUGGUGGUUCUGGGGAUAUUAAGCUUACCAAAGAUGGGAACACGCUAUUGAAGGAAAUGCAAAUUCAGAAUCCAACAGCCAUUAUGAUUGCGAGGACAGCUGUGGCACAGGAUGACAUAAGUGGUGAUGGUACUACUUCCACUGUCAUCUUCAUUGGUGAGCUUAUGAAACAGUCUGAACGCUGCAUCGAUGAAGGUAUGCAUCCACGUGUCCUAGUUGAUGGUUUUGAGAUUGCUAAGAGAGCUACUCUUCAAUUUCUUGACAACUUCAAGACCCCUGUGGUUAUGGGUGAUGAAGUUGAUAAAGAGAUCCUAAAAAUGGUUGCAAGAACGACACUAAGAACAAAAUUGUACGAAGGCUUAGCUGAUCAACUGACUGACAUUGUCGUUAAUUCGGUUCUCUGCAUCCGAAAGCCUGAGGAAGCUAUUGAUCUGUUUAUGGUGGAAAUAAUGCACAUGCGUCACAAAUUCGAUGUUGACACACGAUUGGUUGAGGGGCUUGUUCUGGAUCAUGGUUCGAGACACCCUGACAUGAAACGACGCGCAGAAAAUUGCCACAUCCUAACUUGCAAUGUGUCACUGGAGUAUGAGAAGAGUGAAAUCAAUGCAGGAUUUUUCUACUCUAAUGCGGAGCAGAGGGAAGCAAUGGUUACCGCAGAGAGGCGAUCUGUUGAUGAAAGAGUUAAGAAAAUAAUUGAGCUGAAGAAAAAGGUGUGUGGUGCUAAUGACAACUUUGUUGUCAUAAAUCAGAAGGGUAUUGACCCACCAUCAUUGGAUCUUCUUGCUAGAGAAGGGAUUAUUGGUCUUAGAAGAGCAAAGAGGAGGAAUAUGGAACGUUUAGUUUUGGCCUGUGGUGGAGAAGCUGUGAAUUCUGUUGACGACUUGACCCCUGAGUCUCUUGGAUGGGCUGGACUUGUCUAUGAGCACGUUCUUGGGGAGGAAAAGUACACCUUUGUGGAGCAAGUGAAGAAUCCUAAUUCAUGUACCAUCCUCAUAAAAGGGCCUAAUGAUCACACCAUUGCUCAAAUUAAGGACGCUGUUCGUGAUGGUCUAAGAUCGGUCAAGAACACCAUAGAAGACGAGUGUGUUGUGUUAGGAGCAGGAGCUUUUGAAGUUGCAGCAAGGCAACACUUAAUUAAUGAAGUCAAGAAAACCGUUCAAGGGCGUGCCCAACUUGGCGUUGAAGCUUUUGCUAAUGCUCUUCUCGUGGUGCCUAAGACACUUGCAGAAAAUGCAGGUCUUGAUACCCAAGAUGUGAUCAUUUCUCUUACGAGCGAGCAUGACAAAGGGAACGUUGUGGGGCUGGACCUUCAGGACGGUGAACCAAUUGACCCGCAACUUGCUGGUAUUUUUGAUAAUUACUCAGUGAAACGCCAACUUAUCAAUUCAGGGCCCGUGAUUGCGUCACAAUUGCUUUUGGUGGACGAAGUGAUUCGUGCAGGAAGAAAUAUGAGGAAGCCUACUGCUUGAAGUCCUUUGCUUUUAACUCUCUUUCUUCUUUCUAAGCACCUCAAAUUUUUGUUUCUUGGUGUAAAUUCUGAAUGUUGUGAAACUUUUGUUUUUUUUCCUGACGAUGAGAAACAUAUUUGAAUCUGAUCUCUAGAUUUAGUGGGUUUUUGCAAACUGAGGAAAAAUAGAAAUACAAAAAUCUAUUACUA